CGAACAGCGAUGUCGAGCUGCAAAUAGCCGGAGAGGUCCUCUGUGACGGCAAACGGCUCGACACACUGACACGACACAGUUUUGUGCGACCAUGGACCCGACCUGCAGCGCCUCCGUGGCUCCGGCCGGUUUGACCGUCCAGGUGUGUUUCCCGGGCGCUCGGGCCGCUGUUCUGGACAACCUGAACCGGCAGCGGGAGGAAGGGCGGCUGUGCGACCUGUCCAUCCAGGUGCAGGGUCAGGUGUUCAGGGCCCACCGCUGCGUGCUCGCCGCCUCCUCGCCUUACUUCCAUGACCAGGUGUUGCUGAAGAACGUGACCACGGUUUCGCUGCCCUCCGUCAUGGACCCGGUGGCCUUUGAGAGCGUCCUGAGCUCUGCCUACACUGGCCAGCUGAGCAUCGUGCACGACGACAUCGUCAACUACGUCACCGUGGCCAGCUUCCUGCAGAUGUGGCACAUCGUGGACAAGUGCACGGAGAUCCUGAAGAGGCCGCGGCCCUCGGCUGAGGUGGCCUCUGGAGAAGCCGCUGCAGCUCAUCCCGGCUCGGCGUCCCGGCAGCAGUCUCCGAGCAGCACCGAGUGUUUGUACGCAGAGCGGGAGGGCAGGAGGCGGGAGAAGAAGCCCGACGCUCUGCCUCCUUUGGCCACGUGGAGGCGCCCGCAGCAGUUCCCCAGGUGGGGGCGCCCUCGGCCCUCCACGGCCCAGCACUCGGCUGACUCUCAGCUGGACGCUCUGCCCGGAUACGUGGAGAGCGACUACGCCAGCUGCGACGAGGCCUGGGUGUCCAGCCACGCCAAAGCUAACCACUUCCCCCACGAGGGACCCGGUCACGGCGUUCGGCACCAAGGAAGCUUCACCGGCGGGGAGGCAUUCAAGCAGAAAGUCAGGCUUCAGCAGCGAGGGCCACCGCAGAGCGUCGAGCGACCGCCCGACCGGACCAGAGACGGCGGAGACGGCGAGGAGACGCCGGACAGGAGGAAGAACGAGAAGAGAGGGAUCGAAGCUGAUGAAGGAGUCGGAGAGGAAGCCGUGGAGAAGAAGGACGGCUUCGCUCAGAUGGACCACUGUGCAGACUUCCACCCGGGGUCACACGACGGCGUGGAAGCCGGACACUCUGCGGCGAAGCAGAGCGUGGACGUGAUGAAGGACAAAGCCCAGAGAGACUUAGUGGGAGCUGAUCCCUCCUCCAACCUGCCCGCUGUCCACGGCUGUCAGUCGGGGGAAGCGGCCGCGGGCCCGUCGUGUCUUGUCUCGGCCCGGCUGCCGUGGCCCUCGGGCCCCUGGACCCAGCCGGAGCCGAGGCCGGACGGAGAAGGAGGCAGCAAAGACGAGGACGAGGAGGAGGAGGAGGAGGACGUGGACUUUGAAUGUUUCACGGAGGCGACGUACAGCAGGGAUACGUACGACGAGAUCGAGGACGGCACCGGCCAGGUCUCCCAGAGGCCGCUGGUCCCGGUGUCUCCGGACUUCACCAUGACGGGCUCCGAGGUGAGCUGGCCGUCCACCAGCGGGGGGCAGGCCGGCUCGCUCACCCCCACCUCCAGCCGCCACUUAUCCCCGUCGUCCGCCGCGUUCCCGCCGCCGGCGCCGUCCCCUCCGACCCCGUCCUCGUCGUCCUCGGUGUCGCUCGCCGGCGCCCCCUACACCGGCAAGGUCCACUUCUGCCACUGCGGCAAAGCCUACACCCUGAAGAGCAUGAGGGACCGGCACGUGAAGAUGCAGCACCUCAACCUGAGGCCCUUCGGCUGCCCCGUCUGCACAAAGUCCUUCAAGAUGAAGCACCACCUGACGAAGCACCUGAAGACCCACGGAGGGCUGCGGCCGUACGAGUGCAGCCUGUGUGGGAAGAAGGUGAUCUGGAGGGACAGUUUCCUCCGACACCAGGCCCGGUGUGAGCGCCUGGCCUCCAGCUCCUCCGCCAGCAGCAACGCCGCCAACACGGCGGCGGCGGCGGCGGCAGAUAUGGAGGAGAGCUUCAGCUACGGACUGGACGAAGGGGAGGCUUUUCUCCCGGCGGGGGGGCAGGUCAAGGUGGAGGAGGUGGACUUCCAGAGGGAGAUGGAGGGCGGGAUGGGGGGGCUGCUGAACAGUGUGACCGGGAUGGUGGACGAGCUGCGAACACAAAGUCUGGACGCUGGCAGCCACGUGUUCAAACAGGAAGCCAGCGAGAGCUUUAGCGGGAAUUAAAGCUUCGUCUCAAAUCAUCACAACUCUGGAACAAGUUCUCAGAACAAAAUCUCAGAUUUUCCUGAGAUUUUGACGGCAUGAAGUUUGGAUGUUUCUGAAGAUAUUUGCUUUUUUGGGGGAUAUUUCAAAUAGUUUCUGAGGUUUUCUUUUUUAAAUUUGAAGCUGUUUGAAUGACAUCAUCUCAGCAACUAUUAAAGAUAAAAGCCUUCACUGUUAUUUCUCAUCACAUCCGUAAAUAAAAGUCUGUCUACAUAUGAUUUACCAAUAAAAUAUGUCAACGCCACAUAAAAUUAUUCCCUCAUUUAUAUUUAAACAACCAUUUAGAAACUCCAGAACUGUGUUUUUGAGCUACAACUUGUCACAUCUGCUCAUUUUGUGAUGAAAAUCCACAGAAGUAACGUUUUUUAAACUUUAAUGUGACCCAAAUAUUUCAUAUUAAGAAAGUUCUACAUGUGAGAAGCUCAGUGUGGUUCAGGACACAUCACUGGCCGACGUCUUCUUGUUGUUAAUGAGCUCAAAGAUGGAACUUUUCAUUAAUGCUUCACAGAUAAUCACAGACGACAUCUCAGGAGUUAUUAAAGAUAAAAGAUUAAAGCGUCACUGUUAUUUCUCAUCAUGUCGCUGAUUCAAUAUUGGACGAGUAGAUUAAAGAUUAUUAUUGUUAA